AUGACAUCCACUGCUGAAAUCGCCUCAACCAAAACCUCCAAGGUCUGGCUUGUAACAGGGUGUUCCACUGGUCUUGGUAGAUGCCUGGUCCCAGCCGUUCUGGCACGAGGCGACAAGAUUAUUGCCACAGCUCGACAGGUCUCUACCCUGAAAGAUUUGGAAAAUGACGAUAAUGUCAGAGUGCUCUCUCUUGAUGUCACGGCAGAUCAGACUGAGCUUGCCGCCAAAGUCCAGGAGGCUCAAUCAUUUUUUGGAAGAAUAGACGUUCUGGUAAAUAAUGCAGGAUGCGUGAUUUCGGGCGUCUGGGAAGAACUCAGUGCCAACGAUAUGAAGAAGGAGUUCGACACCAACUUUUUCGGGGCCCUGAACAUGACCCGAGCUGUCCUUCCGUUUAUGCGCUCGCAAAAGUCAGGAAUCAUCAUGUUUAUGGGAAGCAUUGCGGCCUGGCAUAGUGCCGCUUCAGGCGGGCUCUAUGCUUCCUCCAAGUGCGCGCUGGAAGGCGCUGUCGAAUCUUUAUCUAGAGAAGUCUCAGAUCUUGGUAUUCGUGUGCACAUUUUUGUCCUGGGCCGUUUUCGUACUGGUAUCCUGGGAGAACAGAGCGAAAUUGCAAAGAUGAACUCGCACCAAGGCAUCGCCGACUACGCCAGGGUAAAGAAUGACUUUGCACAUCACUUGAUGACUUCUCAUGAUAACCAGCCCGGAGACCCUUUUCGAGCUGCGGAAAAGAUGGUUGAUAUAGCAAGGGUGGAGAAUCUCACUGCCACCCAAGUCUUGAACCUGCCGUUGCGCAUCCCUCUUGGGGCAGAAGCGGUGGAUGUCAUGAGACGGAAAUGUUUGGAGACUCUUGCCGUGUUGGAUGGAUGGGACCGGUUCAGUGCGGAGGCAGACUUUGAGGAUUCUGAACGACUGCCUGCGUUCUUUUCGUAG